GUCACGGCUCACUAUAAGAUAAUAUAAAGCGCCGCCGGAAUGAGCACGGAGCUUUCAGUAGAGCUGAACUGUGCUAUCAUUCACACAGGCUCUAAUCUCCAUGAUCACUUCAUCGUCCAGUUGUCUAUAGGGGAAUAUAAACAGAAGGUGAACAAUGGUACUGUUCGACGCACAUUCACAAAAGCGAUUCAAUCGCAACUUCGUUUCGUCCUUGACCAAAGCGAUCUAUUUUUCUACAAGGUCAUUGAUGGCGGGCGUGUUGAAACCAUUACGACUGAGACCGUUCCUUUACCAACGGAGGUGGGUGAGAGGAUUCAGAAUUUCGUGACUUUGGAAAGCAAAUUGGGCGAUUCAAGAAAACUGCCCGAUGCAGCUAUACACGUUGUCGUCGCAAUUCGGGAAGGCGCAGCGCUCCGCUACAGUGCAGAGGAUAACGAGGCUGUUACUCGACCGCUUGCUGGUGAGAAUGAACGUUAUAUCCAGGCACGAAAUACGAAAGUAAAAUCUCCCUCUGUGGGAUCGAAAACCUCGGAAUAUCUGAAGACGCAAGCGGUUGCGCACAAAGCAAUAUAUGACGGCCUUCACUCGCCCUCUUCCAUAGCCACCAUUGCCCCGCCGCUCCAUAUCUUCCAUACCGUCUUUCAACAAUUCACACAUGAUGCUAAUGAGUUCACCACCUCUUUACCUCCUGCUUUUCUUGAGAAGGUCCUUCGUCUGAUGGUCCAUGCGGCCACAAUUAAGUCGGGUAAUGAAGUUCAGUGGAAUGCUGAAACUAGGACCCUCCUUGCCGCUAUUCUGGAUGGGCAUGUCGUCACAGAAGCAAACUUGGAUAUGUCUUCCGCCGACGCUCUUUCCAUGGUCGAGCUCGGUGACAAUAUCCAAUUUUCGUUGCUUAUUGGAGAAUUCAAAUGUAACCUCGGAGAGGCAGGAUGUGAUCUGACUAUCCAAUCCGGUAAUUCGAUGCGGCGAGUAUUCCAGGAUCCUACGCACGAAACAAUAGUCAAUGCUUGUUGCUGUCCGGUCUUUAUGAUCGCUAUUGGGGGACCGUGGCUCACCGUUCUGGGCGGUGUUUUGACAGAUCGAUUCAUCGUCCAACGUCUCACAGAUAUGUUAUGGCUGGCGCCGUCUACUACACACGACGAUCGACGUGUACAUCAUGUCGCCCGCGUGUUUAACGCCCUUUCUAAGUCUUUGGGCACGCUACGGGACUUCUACACUGAUAUAGAGACCUCUGCACCUCCAUUCGAUCCUAGCAAGCCCCACCCUCGCAAUUUUCCUUAUCCUAACUCCUUCUUUCAGAAUGGAGAACUACUUAUAUUCAGAUAUCUCAGAGCUCUCGAAGACGACUCACGGUGUGUCACCUAUUUGGCAGAGAUUGAAGGAAGAGAGUCAUCCGGGCAAAAAAUAGUCGUCAAAUUUGUGGAAAGGUAUGGAGCAGAGGUCCAUGAAUUUCUGGCGGCACAGGGACAUGCUCCGCAGCUCCGUUUUUAUGGCGCUCUCCCUGGCAGGUCUGUCCAGAACUCUCAAACAACGGCACCACAACCCUCCGAACGAUAUACCAACUGUGUGAGCCCAACCCCGGCCACCAACAUGCAGAUGGUGGUGAUGGACUAUGUUGAACCCGCCUUCAGCAUGCUCCCCCAUAACGCUCCAGAGCAGCUUCGGCAGAUUCUCAAUAAUCUGCAUGAGAAGGGAUAUGUCUUAGGUGACCUUCGUGAACCGAACAUCAUCAUUGACUCUGAAGAGAAAGUCAAGCUAAUUGACUUUGAUUGGGCUGGACUUUACAAUAAUGAAAUUGGGGACAGUGCAGCUUCAGCUCUGGUUGAUAAUGAGGCCGCACAGGAUUCCAGGUUCACCCAUUAUCCCCUUUCAUUAUUUACCAAUCUGUUCUUAGGUGCAAAACCACUCUAUCCCAUCCGUCCUUCCCAUGACAUUGCAAUGCUUGAAAAGCUAUUUUCCUAAUCACGAUCUCCUUUUCUCUGCAUUAUCAACCUAUGUGCCUGUCACAUCGAACAUGUUGGGACCAAUUUCUGUUGCCAACGUCAAUGCC